AUGUCAUCAUCAUCAUCAUCAGAUUUUACUAAACUACAUUUGAAUAAAUCUCUUAAAUCUCGUCAUAAUUCAACAUUUUAUCAAGAUUUAUUAAAAGCUCAAAUAACAUCAGAUCAUGAAGAAAAUCAAUUAUUAGCAAAUAAAAAAACUCAUUUAAAAAUAAAUCAAUUUCAACAGUCUCCAUCUGCACGAAAUAAUAUUAUUCCUUUAUCAAAUAAUACAUCAAUAAUAGAUCAUAAAUUGAAUACAAUUGAAAAUAAAACUUUUAAUCAAAAUCAUAAUAAUGAAAAUGUAAUCAAACCAUUAUUCAAUUAUCUACAUCGACCACUUCCUAAACAUUUACGAUCUCGUGAAUUAAAUACAAAAGAAUGGUUUUAUACAGAAAGUAAUAAUAUUUUAUUUGAUUAA